GGGCGAUGCUACCGUUCGCUCCUCAAGACGAGCCCUGGGACCAAGAAAUGGAGGUGUUUGGCGGCAGUGCAAGAAGCGGCGAGUAUGUUUUAGGUAUUAUAGAGAUUUAACAAUGGGUCUCUCUACCUCAGCAAUUUGGAAAAAUACUGGAGUGGAAAUUGUUAAUCCCUAUGAAGUAAAACGAAAGGUGAAGGUGAAUGGUCUUAAAAUGGUCGAUGAGCCAAUGGAAGAGGGAGAAGCAGAUUCUUGCCAAGAUGAAGGAGUUGUUAAAGAAAUCCCUAUUACUCACCAUGUUAAGGAAGGAUAUGAGAAAGCAGAUCCUGCACAAUUUGAGUUGCUCAAAGUUCUUGGUCAGGGAUCCUUUGGAAAGGUAUUUCUCGUUAGAAAGAAGACUGGUCCUGAUGCUGGACAACUCUAUGCAAUGAAGGUGUUAAAAAAAGCUUCUUUAAAAGUUCGAGACAGAAUUCGGACAAAGAUGGAGAGGGAUAUACUGGUGGAAGUAAAUCAUCCAUUUAUUGUCAAAUUGCACUAUGCCUUUCAGACUGAAGGGAAGCUGUAUUUAAUAUUGGAUUUUCUCAGGGGAGGAGAUGUCUUCACAAGAUUAUCCAAAGAGGUUCUGUUUACAGAGGAAGAUGUGAAAUUCUACCUUGCAGAACUAGCCCUUGCUUUGGAUCAUCUACAUCGAUUAGGAAUUGUAUAUAGAGACCUGAAGCCAGAAAACAUUUUGCUUGAUGAAAUAGGACAUAUCAAGUUAACAGAUUUUGGACUCAGCAAGGAAUCAGUAGAUCAAGAGAAGAAAGCCUACUCAUUUUGUGGUACAGUGGAGUAUAUGGCUCCUGAAGUAGUAAAUAGGAGAGGUCAUUCCCAGAGUGCUGAUUGGUGGUCAUAUGGUGUACUUAUGUUUGAAAUGCUUACUGGUACUCUGCCAUUUCAAGGUAAAGACAGAAAUGAGACCAUGAAUAUGAUAUUAAAAGCAAAACUUGGAAUGCCUCAGUUUCUUAGUGCUGAAGCACAAAGUCUUCUAAGGAUGCUAUUCAAAAGGAAUCCAGCAAAUAGAUUGGGUUCAGAAGGAGUUGAUGAAAUCAAAAGACAUCUUUUUUUUACAAAUAUUGACUGGAAUGUAAGUAGAGUAGAAAGUGUGGUACUGAAUACCUUUAAGAAGAGCAAAAACUCAAGAGUAAAUGUAAUGCCGAACGGGCUCCGUGUGUUUUAUAGCGCGGGCUGUCAAUGGGUUGGGCCCUCCCUCUUGGCGGUGGGUGUGGCCCACCUACUACGAGCAACGAAGGUUCGGCCCAAUGGGAAGCCACUUUUAGAAUGA